AUGGGACAUGAAGAGGUAGAUAAAGACAAAGAAGAUGCAUCAAGAGAUCUUGCACAAAAAAUGUCAACGAUGGAUAUUCAAGAUCCAAUGUAUCCUAAAAGAGCAGCAACAUAUGUUCCUCCACAUCUUCGUGGUCGAGUAAAUGGGACUACAAAUCUGCAUGGAGCAUGUGAUGUUCGAAAUACAUUAUCUGCAAUGCGAUCAUCAAGUUGGAAUGUAACAAGCUCUGAUGGGAACUAUGGGUCUCGGAAAUCGCGUUAUGGAGGGGAUUCUUUUGGACUUCGAGGUUCAAGUGAUCAAGGUGCAUGGUGGGAUGGAAAACAUAUCAUUGGAACACGGAAUCAACGUUUAGAACGAGAACUUUUUGGGUCACAUCAUGAUUCAAAUACAGUCAGUACAGGGAUUAAUUUUGAUAAGUACGAUGAUAUUCCGGUAGAAGUGAGUGGAACAGAUGUUCCUGAGCCAAUUUCUGUGUUUACCAGUCCACCAUUGGAUUCACAUCUUUUGAGUAAUAUCGAACUUGCAAAUUAUAAAAAUCCUACACCUGUGCAAAAGCAUUCUAUUUCUAUUGUCAUUCAGGAUAGAGAUUUAAUGGCGUGUGCACAGACAGGUUCGGGUAAAACUGGUGGAUUUUUGUUCCCUAUUUUGUCAAAAAUGUUUCAGACUGGUCCUCGUGAUCCUCCUAUUCCUUUAGGAUAUGCCUCCUAUGCUCGCAGUAGAAAAGCUUAUCCAAUGACACUUAUUCUUGCACCUACACGCGAAUUAGUAAACCAAAUUCAUGAAGAAUCACGAAAGUUUUCAUAUCGAUCGUGGGUUAAACCGUGUGUCAUUUAUGGUGGUACAGAUAUUGGUUCACAAUUACGGCAAAUUGAACGUGGAUGUGACAUGUUAACAGCAACACCAGGUCGUCUUGUUGACUUAAUAGAACGCGGUCGUAUUUCUCUUUCAAACAUUAAAUAUCUCGUCCUUGAUGAAGCAGAUCGUAUGCUGGAUAUGGGUUUUGAACCGCAAAUCCGUAGAAUUGUUGAGGGAGAAGAUAUGCCGAAUGUUGAACAUCGUCAAACAUUAAUGUUUUCAGCUACAUUUCCUAAAGAUAUUCAAAUUCUCGCUCGUGAUUUUUUAAAAGAUUAUGUAUUUUUAAGUGUUGGAAGGGUUGGUUCUACAAGUGAAAAUAUUACACAAAAGAUCGAAUAUGUUGAAGAUAUGGACAAAAAAUCUGUUCUUUUGGAUAUUCUACAUAGCAUGCCACGUGGAGGGCUUACUUUAAUUUUUGUUGAAACUAAACGAAUGGCGGAUACACUUUCUGAUUUCUUGCUGAGUUCUAAUUUUCCUGCAACAAGCAUUCACGGUGAUCGAACUCAACGUGAGCGGGAAAAGGCUUUAGAAAUGUUUAGAGGUGGAAGAACACCGAUCAUGGUUGCUACUGCUGUAGCAGCUCGUGGGCUGGAUAUUCCAAAUGUAACGCAUGUAAUUAAUUACGAUUUGCCUACAGAUAUUGAUGAUUAUGUUCAUCGAAUUGGCCGUACGGGACGUGCAGGAAAUACUGGUAUUAGUACCGCUUUUUUUAACCGAGGGAAUAGAAGUAUUGUACGUGAUUUACUUGAACUACUUAAAGAAGCAAAUCAAGAAAUACCGUCGUUUUUAGAGAGUAUUCUUAGAGAGAAUAAUACGUAUAAUAGUCGCAAUAAUACGAGUACUGUACGUGGUCGUCGUCGAGGAACAGGAACACGUGAUUACCGUAAGGUUUCCAAUGGCAGUAAUAAUUAUAGUGAAUAUUCAAAUGGCAAUAAUUAUGGUCCUAUAUCAAGUGGUUAUUCUAAUGGAGGUUAUGGUAAUGGUUAUAGCUCCCAAACAUAUGGGAAUCCGUCUGGAGUGACAGGUCAAAGCUGGUGGUAG